GUCACGUGAUCAGCCGGGGUGUCAUUCUAAUGCGUACCUCUUCACCGUGUUAUUGUUAUUGACUGGUUGUGCUCAUGUGCACCUGCUGGAUUCACUGAAAUGUGGAACAGACAGAGGGAUGGUUUGAUUAUAGUGUUGGAUUUGGAUAUCAAUAUCAUAGGAAUAUAAAUGAUAUGGACUUUUGGUCUGUUUGAUUUGACAUCAACAUCAUCACCACCAUCAUCAUCAUCAUCAUCUGUCCCAUGGUGUGAAUCAGAAGGACGCAGGGAUGGAGACUCCAGCUUUGCCACACGAGGUCAUUUGUCACAUCCUGACCUUUCUUCAUCCAUCAGACCGAAAAGAAGCCUCGCUGGUGUGCAGAAGCUGGAACGAAGCGAGCCGAGAUCAUCAGUUUCAGAAAAACCUCAUCUUCAGGUUCCCAGCUUGCACGUCUUCGUUAGGGUUUAUCCGCGGCCUUGCUUGCCGGCCUCGAUGCAGUCUGAUCAUCAGCCAUGUGGAUGAUUCCAGUGUCUCACGCCAAGUGCUGGAGGAGGUCAGAGUUCACCUCGGGGCUGAGCUAGAGGGGCUGAUGCUGCCCCGGAGCAGUAUGAUGGAAUCGUCUCUCCUGAAGCUCCUGCCGAGCCUGACCGCUCUGCGUAAGCUCGACCUCGAGGGUCUCGACAGUCUCUUCAUGUCCGGAGUGUUCCUGAGCCGGGAGGAACAUCGCCAGCAGGUUCGUAAGGCGAUGAAGAACCUGGAGGAACUGAACCUGUCUGACCUGCGCUACCUCUCAGACCUCAGCUUUAAUCGUCUAACAGGCUGCACUCUGAGACUCCGGCGUCUGGCUCUGGCUGGAUGUCACAUCGCUUUCGAGUUUGACCCGUACCUAGGGUGCGCUGUGGGCCCGGGUUCUUCAGCCAUGCUUUCUCUGAGGAACCUGCUCCGGCUCCUUCAGGAUCAGAGCUCCACGCUGUGUAGUCUGGACCUCAGCCGCACCUCCAUUACCCCCGAGUCUUUGCGCUCGCUGGCUCUCGUUCCCGGUCUCCACCUGGACGAGCUGAACCUGUCCGGUUGUAAGAAGCUCAGAGAUUACUCCAUCGAGCAGCUCUGCAGGCACCAGAGAGGCCUCCGCAAGCUGGACUUAAGCGGCUGCACAGAACUGACGAGCCGCAGCACAAUAGCGGUUGUUGCCGAGCUCAAGCAUCUCCAGAGUCUCUCCCUGUCCCGGAACUGGAGGGUGACAGAAAAAGGGAUGGCGGAUUUAACAGCGCUGCCCAGUCUGAGCUCGCUGGACCUGUCUGAAUGUGUUAACGUGAGCGGAGAGGAGCUGGUGAAAGGCCUGUCAUCUGCUCAGCCCAGAGCUCAGCUGGAGAAACUCAGCCUAAAGAGCUGCACCUACAUCCAGGACGUUCACUCGCUCGCUCGGCUCUUAACGUCCAGUCUGAAGGAGCUGGAUCUGACCUCCUGCGAUGUCCUCACAGACUCCAGCGUCCACGCCAUCUCCUACUACCUGGCCGGGCUGCGGGUGCUGCGUCUCGGCUCGUGUAAGCUCAUUACAGACUGGGGGCUGCUCGGGAUGACGGAACCGGAAGAUGGAAAAGAUCCCAGCAAGGAUAAGGAUGAGGAGAACGGGCCGAGCUUUACCCGGACUUUCGGGAACAUCGGCUUCUUUCAACCCCCUAAAAUGGCGUUUGAAGAAAAGCCACGUCUGGUGACUGACGCGGACCUGCGCACCUUCAGAGAGCAGGAAGGAACCUCGCUGCGGGCGAUUAAGGGUCUAGAGGAGCUCAACCUGUCCGGCUGUUCCAACCUGUCAGACGUCAGCAUAACGCAAGUGCUGCAUUUCCCAGUGCUUCAGCGCCUCUCCCUCGCCAUGCUCCCGGAGAUCAGUGACGACGCUGUGGCAUCCGUGGCUCUUCACUGCCGCUGCCUGAGCAGCCUGGCACUGAGCGGCUGUUCCCGGAUCACAGACGAGGGUCUGGCUCGUGCCCUGCCUCACCUGCCCAGGCUGCAGCACCUGCGGCUGGCGCACUGCGACGGCAUCACGGACACGUCCCUGAGCCUCAUCGUCCAGCACUGUACACGACUGAAGACGCUGGACAUCUCCAGUUGCAAAGACAUUACAGUAUCUCAGGUGGACUUCCUCCAAUCACACCUGCCCUUUCUGGAAAACGUGCAGUAUCGCUUUGUGGGCGGAGCUGACGCAAACCUCACGCUAUGAUUAAACCGUUUUUAACUGUUCGGAUGGAGCUGAUGAGCGAAAAAGUGGAGCAACAAUCAUUAAAGCUGUUCCUUGAAGAUGAA